CAUCUCACAUUCCUGACUCUCGUUCUUCAAUGUAUCAUCAUUUUAAUCCUACUUUAGGGGAUUGAAAACUUACAAAGACAUCUUCAAGGGACCCUUGUUGAAGUGGAUAUACACAAUCUAAAAAUUUGGCUGAUUGCAAUUUUCAGGUGAUCAUCAAGCUAGCUAACCAGUUUCUUGAUCGAGGAUGAGCAAUACACAAGGUCAGUCGUGGACAGAGACAUUCUUCACUGACUGGCCUCUACCAGAUUGGAUCAAUGCAGGCCAUGAAGAUAAGCAAGAUGUCAGACUUUUUAAUCCGCAGAAGAAAUGGAUGCUGGGAAGAUCCGCAGAUACCGGACGAUACUCUGAGUUUGGCAGAAUACAAGGCAUAAAUAUAACGAGGCCUAUUGCCGCAGAUAGCCGUGUAGUAUUUUUAUCUCACUAGUUGAUUUCAAACCCCCUUCUCGAAUUCUCUUCCAAA